ACCUGACAUUCCUUCUCUCUUUCUCGCAUCGUGCGUAAGGUGUUGACCUAGCGGAGAAGUGAAGUGCGAAUUUUUUCUUCUGCUCGGUUGUGUAACGUUUAUUGAACUCCGUGUUUUAAUUUAACGUCAUUUAAAGUGUUUCAUUUGUGAUUUCUCUAGAGACGUCUUUUAAUACAUUUGACUUAGAAGUAAAAUAAGCAAUGACGAAGAAGAUAUGUAUUAUAGGUGGAGGGGCCAGUGGCCUCACUGGCAUCAAAGCCUGUUUAGAACAAGGCUUGACACCUGUAUGUUACGAAUGGACAAAAAAUCUGGGAGGCCUUUGGAGGUAUAGAGAGGAAGACGUUGAAGGUUUGGGUUCCGUUAUGAGAUCAACAAUCAUCAACAGCAGCAAGGAAGUCAGUGCUUUCAGUGAUUUUCCACCACCGAGGGAAUUUCCUAAUUAUAUGCACAAUUCGAAAAUGAUUCGUUACAUCGAAAUGUAUGCCAAAAAUUACGAUCUUGCACGUCAUAUUCACUUCCAACACGAAGUUAAAAAAGUUGAACAAGCUCCUGAUUACGAACUUACAGGACGCUGGGUAGUAACUGUCCAGAAAGUGGGCUCCGAAGAACCCACGCAACAUGUUUUCGACGGUGUAAUGGUAUGUGCUGGACACCAUGUCUUUCCAAUCAUUCCGAAAUUUCAAGGUCAAGAGAAAUUUAAAGGAAGAAUUAUUCACACCCAUUCCUACAAGAAACCUAAUGGAUAUGAUGACAAGAAAGUUCUGGUUAUUGGAGUAGGAAACUCUGGUGGUGAUGUGGCAGUAGAAUUAAGCAGUAUUGCUUCCCAGGUGUAUCUAAGUACUCGCAGAGGGGCCUGGAUCAUCCACAGAGUGGGUCCUAAAGGAAGACCUUUCGAUUUAUGGCUAAUGAAGAGAUUUUUCAAUAUUUUCUUCAAUCAUGUGCCUUAUCCCAUAGUAUGCUACAUUGCAGAGAGGGAAAUCAACAACAGAUUUGACCAUGAAUUAUAUAGACUAAAACCAGAACAUCAUAUCUUCGGUCAGCAUCCUAUGGUCAAUGACGCCCUGCCGAACAGGAUUCUGAGUGGCACAGUUCAAGUACGAGGAGAUGUUAAGGAGUUUACAGCCAAGGGUGUGAUCUUCGAAGGCGAAAAUGAAGAAGUUGCCGUGGAUGAAGUCGUUCUUGCCACUGGAUACAAAAUCUAUUUUCCGUUUCUGAGUACAGAUAUUGUUUGGGUGGAUGACAAUAAAGUAGAACUCUACAAAUUUGCCAUCCCUCCUAAACUGAAGCACAAAACCUUGAUCGUUAUAGGACUUGGCCAACCCGUCGGACCACUGAUGCCCAUCUCCGAACUACAAUCUAGAGUUUUCGCAUUGCACAUGAGUGGUAAAAUUCAGUUGCCAUCUGAGGAGGAGAUGAUGGAGGAUAUUCGUAAGAAAGACAAAGAAAUGAGAAAACGAUAUUUCGGUGGCCCUCGCCAUACAAUUCAAAUGGACUGGAUUAAUUUCAUGGACGAAUUGGCAGAACUGGCUGGUGUCAAGCCAGACCUCGCAUCCAUGUUCUUCAAUGAUCCUAUUUUGUUUUACUUCUGUUUCUUUGGACCAUGCUUACCUUAUCAAUACAGACUGCAAGGUCCCAAUGCUUGGCCCCAUGCAAGAGAUGCUAUUAUCACAGCUGAUAGCAGAAUAACUGGAGCUCUUGAUACUCGUCGCUUACCUAAGAGAAAAACUGAACAAAUAAAUGUGAUUAAAUUUCUUACGGCAUGUGUCAGUAUUAUCAUGUUGGCCUUUUUCUUAGCAAUUGUGAUCUAAAUCUGUUCCAUUUUUAAUAUUUGUGUAUAUGUAUGAAAGUAUAUAGAUGAAAUAUUUUGUUCCCGUAUUUUUCGAAUUUGUAUAAAUUUUUAUGCGAGUUUUUACUUUUUUAAAUGUUGAUGUAAAAAU